AUGAGCCGUAAUAGAUUCCAGAUACUAUUCAGAUUUUUCCAUUUUUCAAACAACGAAGAAGUUGAUGAAAGUGACCGUAUUUACAAAAUAAGAUUUUUGAUAGACCAUUUCAACAAAUUGAUGCAAGAUAUUUAUGCCCUGAAUAAAGAUUUAUGCAUAGAUGAAUCUGUAAUGUCGUGGAAAGGAAGACUUUUUUUUCGAGUUUACAUAAAAAAUAAAAAACAUAGAUACGGCAUCAAGAUAUAUAAACUAUGUGAAAGUAACGGCGUAAUACUGAAGAUAAAACUUUGCAAAUCAGAAGGUCAGGAAGGUGGACAAACUAUAAAAGUUGUAACAGAUUUGUUAGAUGAUUACUUGAAUAAAGGUUACAAGGUAUAUACAGAUAACUACUAUAACUCCGUUGAGCUGACAAGAAAAAUGAGUGCAAAUAAAACUUACUUAUGCGGAACUUUGCAGUCAACCCGUAAGGGUAAUCCAAAAGUUGUGACAUCGGCAAAGCUGAUGAAAGGUGAGAUGAUUUGGAGAAGAAAGGGGGAAGUAGCUGUUUGCAAAUGGAAAGACAAACGCGAUGUUCUAACCAUUUUAAAUAUGCACAAUCCUGAAAUGAUAACUAUCAAAAUCGCAGGAAUCAACUUAAACUAA